AUGACAGACCAGACAGAGGAAGGGUAUUCGAAUGUUAGCACAUCGGAGUAUGAAAUACUGGAAGAAGACAGACUCACAAUGUUCAGGAGUCUGCUGAGAAGUAAAGGGCUGUGCGGAUACAUCCUAUACAGAAGAGAUCCGCACUUGAAUGAAUACGUGCACCCGCACUACGAGCACAUCGCAUGGCUUUCAGGCUUCACAGGAUCAAAUUCCACUCUUCUUGUGCUGCCUGAAGUGGCUUAUCUCUACACGGACUCAAGAUACUUCCUGCAGGCGAAGCAGCAGCUCCCCAGGAACAUCGAGCUCUCCCGAAUGGGCAUAGACCCCACAGUAUCUGAGAGGCUAAUAGAGUUCAAGUGCACAGUUGGCGUAGACCCAAGUGUCAUAACAAGCGAUGAGUACACGCGGCUCUUUAAGAAACUGCCGGAGGGCGUGGAUAUUGUGCUUCUGGAAGAUGAUAUCAUUAAGGAAAUGUGGGCUGAUAGACCUGAGAUAGUCCCAGGGAAUCUUGAGAUAAUGAAGCACCAAAGACCAGUCGACGCAAAAAUAAAAGAAAUAAGAGAAGAAAUGAAAAAAAACACAGAUAUGUACUCGUACAUGCCUCCAUUGGACGUAGCAAUUAUUGCAGACAUGGACGAGAUAGCAUGGGCCACGAACCUGAGAGGAACAGACAUUCCGAUGUCAAGGCUGUUCUACUCGUUUUUAGCGAUAGAAAAAGAUGAUGUUUUUUUGUUCACUGAGUCCAGCUUAACUCAAGACAUUUCCUCUGUCAAAGUUCGGCCGUAUGCAGAAUUUUACCAGUACACUGCAGAGCUAAAAGACAAAAUAAUCGGAAUCUCGUCCAGCACAAACUACAAAAUACUGAACAGCAUCAUAAAUAGCAACAAAGUCAGCACAUUCACAGGAAUACUGAACCUGAAAGCAGUGAAAACAGAAGAAGAGAUACAGGGGUUUAUAGAAGCCAACAAACGAGAUGCAGUGUAUUUGUGCAUGCUGUUUGGCGAAGUUCAGAAGAUCGUAUCAGAGGGCAAGAGGGAGAUAGGCGAGCUAGAUGUAUCAGAGAUGCUUCUGAAGAUAAAGGAAAAAGACAGAGAAUUUAUAGUGCCCAGUUUUGAAACCAUUUCCGGGUUUGGAGAGAACGGGGCAUGCAUCCACUACGCACCAGUCGAUAACGCAACAAAAAUCACAGAAGAUAAUUUGCUUUUGGUAGACUCUGGAUCGCAAUACACGAUGGGAACUACCGAUAUAACACGAACUGUGUGCUUUGGAAAGCCCACAGAUGAGCAGAAAAGAGACUACACUGCUCUGAUAAAAGGACACAUGGACCUGGAAACUACUCCAUUCUCCUCUAAGACAGCUUUAGGCGCUCUAUCACCCAUUGUAAGGAAGCACGUAUGGAAGCAUUACCUUGAAUACGGGCACAGCACAGGGCACGGUGUGGGCUUUGGGCUUAACGUGCACGAAGGCCCUCAGACACUGGACAGCUCAUCUCGUGUUAAGGCUCUGCCUGGAAUGAACAUAACCGUUGAACCAGGAAUAUACAGAGAAGGAAAGUAUGGGAUAAGACACGAAAACUUGGCAGUAGUGCAGAAGUCAAAAGUAAACCCAGAAGAGUUCUACGUAAUCAAGAACAUUACCCAUGCACCUCUGCAUUUGGAUCUCGUAGAUGUGGAGAUGCUUAGCGAUGAAGAAGUCCAGUACAUAAACGACCAGUCAAAGUACAUACGAGAGUUGCUCGGAGAGAGUUUAAUGCACCACAAGGAGGGAACUAAAUGGCUCCUAAAAAAUACGGAAAAAAUAUCAAAAAGAAAAAACAAAAAGUAG